UACUGCACAUAAGAAGCCAGAUAUUUUCGUUCCUGAAACAGUCUUCAGUGAACUUUCACGCGAGCUCCCAAAGGACUUUCAAAGCACCUUCUCUAGGCUCCAAAAUUAUGGAGAAACCCUGCAUACUUGCCACAAUUAUUGGACCAAAGGGUAUCUACAAGUGUUUUAAGCCGUGCAUUGAGAAGCAUUUCACAAUAAUCGCAUAUGAAGAAUUUCUUGAAAGGAAGGAAGAUUUUGCAGAGAAGAUCCGGGCUGUCUUUGUGUGGGGUGCAACCUUAAAUGUGAAUCAGGAACUUUUACAGGCAUUACCCAAACUUCAGGUUGUUGUGAAUGGUGGUGUAGGAGUGGACCACCUGGAUAUACCGCUAAUCAAUAGUUUUGGAGUGAAGGUCUGUAACACUCCCCAUGUAGUUGAUAAUUCCACAGCAGACAUUGGGAUGGGACUGAUGUUGGCAUCAGCAAGGAAAAUUCUUGAAGGACAUAACUUUUCAAAAUACCAUGAAUCAGAGUACAUGCCAGAGUCUUCUUUGGGCAAUGAUGUCAGUGGUGCCACCUUGGGUAUCAUUGGUAUGGGGCGAAUCGGAUUUAAGGUUGCCAAAAGAGCUCAAAGUUUUGACAUGCGAAUCCUCUAUCAUAACAGAAAUCGAAGGACAGAAGAGGAUGAGAGGGCUGUAGGUGCUGUGUAUUGUGAGAAAAUGGAGGAACUGCUGCAGAAGUCUGACUUUGUAAUGAUUGUGGUCAGUCUGUCUCCUCACACACACAAGCUGAUUGGCACUAAAGAACUCGCCAUGAUGAAGCCCAGCAGUACCCUCAUUAACAUCAGCAGAGGUUUGGUUGUUGACCAAGAUGCUUUGGUUGAUGCUCUCCAAAAGAAAGUCAUUAAAGCUGCAGCGCUUGAUGUCACAUAUCCCGAGCCUCUUCCAAGAGAUCACCCUUUAUUGUCACUUCCAAACGUAAUUGUCUUACCACACAUCGGGACGCACACUGUGGAGACCUCUCAAAUCAUGGUGGAGAGAAUGGUUGUCAAUUCCCUGGCAGUUCUUAAUGGGGAACAGCCUCCAGAUGAAGUGAAGAUAUAGAUCACACCUACCUGUCACAUGCCUGACUUUUAAGCUUUACUUUUAAGAAUCUUCAGGGCUACUUAAUUAAAUACAGUAAAAGUAUCUGUGGGUGACACAACGAGCAUUCCACAUGACAAAAAAAUCCAUAAAAAUAGCCAUAGCCGUCCAUAGCCGCUAAAAAUAAACAAACCUUUUCCACAGAUUCUGUGCAUUCAGUGCAGCAAGUUACUCCAUAUUUGCAUAAAGUUAACAUUUCUCAACUUUUCUGCAUCACAAUCACCAGAAAUCUCCAAAUAUAACUGCAACUGUAUAAUCUCAUUGUUUUAUUGCUUUGAAUCACUGUCUGUAUAAACAUAGCAUAAGUGGGGACAGUAAUGGAAAUAAUUAAAUAAAGCAGUUUGAUGCAAGAAAGCUUUCAAUAAAUCUGUAUAAAUUUUUGUUUAUUGCAAAUAAUUCAUUAUCAAUGUAACAGCUUGAAUGUCAAUAAAAGAACAUAAAAUUGGACUCAUUAUCAUUUCUAUUUAUUUCCCCUGCGUUGCAGUUAGUCCUCGUCUGUUGUGUGUCAGUUCCUGGUUCAUGGUUUGCCGGUUCUUGUUUCAUGUGCUCGUGUAUUUAUGUUCCCUGUCUGUUUCUUUUUUUUGUUAUUAAAUUUUGGGUUUUUUUUACUGGCUAA